AUGAAGUUCUUUUGCCUCUGGCUCGCGGCCCUGGCGGCUUCACCACUGGCCCUUGUCGCCGCUGCACCCAUUGGACCGACAGGACCAUGCGACGAGUCCAAGGUGGAUGCCAUUCUCAAGGGCGAACUGGAUCCCUCUGAAUGCUGCUCGUACGGCAAGUGCAAGGGCAGGGUCGUCGUCUCGGUCGGCGACUGA